AUGCGUCCUUCGGUAGGCCUCGUGGGCCUGUUGCUCGUCGCCGCUCCCGCCGUACUCGCCCAGGCUCAGAACCCUCCCAACCAGCCUCGGCCAGAUGGAACAACCACGUCGACCACUCAGCCCGUGCAGCCUGCCACAACAACGUCGGAAAAGACGACACAGCCAGCGACAGACCCGCCCAAACCAACACAACCCGCCACUUCCGAGACUAGCACUUCUGCGACGACGACAGUUGCCCAGACAGGCUCGACCAGUGUCUUCAAUCUUGCCGGCGCUCCCACACUUGCCGGUGUUGGUGUUCCUGUCCAGCAGGUGCCAAACACCGCCGGAGCGCCUUUUAUGCAAAAGUCGAAUCUCCCCGACGGAACCGUCUUCAUCUGUGUCGGCGCCGUCCUCGCCUUCUUCGGUGCGGCUCUGCUGGUAUGGCGUGCUCUCGUUGCGUGGUCGCUGCAUCGUUCGGUCAAGCGCGCAGCCAUGACGCAAAACAUGACUGAUAUCAAGACCAUGGCCGCCAUGCCUACCGGCAAGCGAGGCAUGUACAAUGUCGUGGGCGCAAACUCCACCAUGUCUCUGGAUCGUUUGAAUGGCGCGCCAGUUGGCAGGUCUGUAAAGCCCUCCGCGGCGGCGGCCGGCAAUGGACCGCAAAGGCCGCUGUCUUCCCUCUUCUUUUCGCCCACGGCCGGUGGUGCGGCUGGCAUGCGGGAUUCCAUGGUAAACCGCUCUUCGACCUACCUUCCUGCCGGAUACUAUGCCGCUGGUAGCUCGGUGGCUGCAUCCGGAUCGCCCCAAACGCACAUAGGCGGCCAACCACACCACAACAUAUCUGCGCUGUCGCUGUCGUCGCCGGGAAACCGCUUCAGCACGCGGUCCGGUGUUUCGCCACCAGAAUCGCCUUCGCUACCGCCCUCACGUGGAGGAUACCCCCGGCCGCCGCCAUCCCGAGAAGGCCUAUCCGUGUACAACCGCAACAGCAUGGCAACCCUCAACACACCAGGAAACACACGAAGCGGUGUAUUUGGCCAGGACAACAACGUGAGCCAGCUAUCGCUCAACGUACCGGGCGGCACAAAUGUUCCUGGAGGCCGCACGCCUAGCGGAUACCUAGACGACUUGUUCGAAAACCACGGCACCGGAAACGGCGGAAAUGCUCGAUUCUAG